AUGCAUCUUCCCGUGGAGAUCCAAGUCCAGAUCAUCUGGGCAGCAGUUGAUAGAGUGCUAAUUGAUGAUUUGAAAUGGCUGGUAGGAAUGAGACUCGUCAACAAAUUUUUCGCCGAGGAAAUCAUGAACUGUCUCCUUCACAGCCCGCGCCUUGAAAGUGUUGGUUUCGGCUUCGAACUCGAACAGGAUGCUCGUUUCGCGUAUGAUGCUGGUCGCGGACAUUCAAACGAGAACUGGUGGUUCAAAUUUCCAAAGCGCUAUAAGUACCAAUAUCUACGUCAGAAAGUGCAGCAACAUCCAGUGAACAGAUGCAUAUUUUCGACUUUCGCCCACGGUGUCCUCGAAGUGCCACAUAAGGUACGCACAGCCGAAGAAAAACAAAUUUUGAUCUCUAAAAUCAUCGAUGCGUGGCUCUGCGGGAAAUGGUAUUGCGUUCGCAGUGUUUUGGACUCUCAGCGCUAUGAACAAUACAUCGCCAAGUAUGAACGCGAUCGCGGUAUGCCCCCGGAGUAUGAACGCAAGUACUGGGAACCAUUUGAAAGGACACUUUGCAUUGUUCUUGCGACCAGCGCGGUUAUCAGGGGUGACUGUACGGAGCUUCAGAAGCUUCUCGACGAGUAUGACGAGCCGAGAAAAGUAAUGGGCCAGGUCAGACACGACACGAUUCUAACAUGGAAGAGCGACCGGUUCGGAAGUAUCUGCCCACUUGAUAUCGCUGCCAAACGAGGGUCUGUUGAUGUCACUAAACUCUUAAUCGCGAACGACUGUCCCUUGUCAUAUAGCCGUAAGUACUGGAACUGGCGUGGAACGGACGUUGUUUACGUGGCUGCACGAGCUGGUAAUCGGGAAGGCUUGAAAGUUUGGAUGCAGCACUUGAAAGAACACGCUUUAAAAGGUCAGGUAUAUGCAGCUGUGCGAGGAGCUUUGAGAAUUGGGAAAAUGGACAUCGUGAAUUUCAUGGAAGAGGAAUACGGUCAAGAAUUUGACAAAAGGGAGAUGCUAUUCGAAAUCUUUAUAGAGGGUAUCACUUCAGGAAGAUUGGACAUAGUACACGAGUCACUUGAAAGAGGAGGAUUCGAUGUGGGUAUGAAGACGGAGCAGUGUCCCCAUGGGGCAUUGUUUACUGCUCUGGCCAAUUCAUGGUUGGCGCAGCGUCAAGCAAUUGUGAAACUUCUUUUGGCUUCUGGAGCCGAUCCGAAUGAGGUCCACUCGACAACAAAGCAAUUGCCCCUACAUAUUGCUGUGAAGCAAGGAGAUGUCGGGUUGGCGCAGCUCCUCGUGGAACAUGGUGCUGACAUUCAAGCUGCUUCCUUAAUUCCGGUGAAUAAGAAGGGCAAGAUGCCUUUGGUACAUUCAGCGGCGAUGGACAAAAGUGCAUCCAUGGUACACUUUUUGAUUACACGGGGAUUAGCGAGCUCAUAUGCGUGGCAAGACAAGAUUUGGGAGGUAACGGGUCGUGGGAAAGUCAUAGAUGAGCAUCUUAAGGUGCUGUUUGAGAUUGACUGGAAACAGAGGGAGGAGAGCAAUGGUCAUCAAGGUUUUGCGGUUGCCAUUCACAGAGGAGAUUCACACCGCAAGUCACGAUAA